AUGCAAUUUCAUUUACAACAUUCUUCUUUAAUUGAGAGCUUUCUCACUCAAUUUGGUCUAUAGAAACAAAAUUAGGUGGUUGAAUUCUUGAUAACUAUGGGAAUAGAUUUGGCAAAUAAGAUAGGAGCUAGAAACCCAAAAGAAUUAUACUAUUAAUUAAAACAACUAUCAAGUAUCAAUAUUACAUUAUAAAUCACAGAAAAUAUUAAGGAACAAACUUCAGGGGAUAUAAAAAAUGAAAUAAAAACAAUUCAAAAACAAAUCAGAGACUUAAAUGAUCUAAUCUAAAUUUCUUAAAGAGAAAAUAAAAAUGCUUAAGGAACACUCAAAAAAUACAUUCAACCUACCUAGAUUAAUUCAAAUCGAUACGAAUAAUAUGAAUAGUGUGAGGAUAAUUAUGUUCAUCGGCAUCAUUACCAAAAUAAACAUUAAACAUAUAACACACAGAGAUCGCAAUCAAAGUCUCCAGUCCACUUAAGUGAUCGUACUCCUCAUCAAUUAAAGCAUUCCAGAUCUCAAUCCUAAAGAAAUCUAACUCCAAAAAUUACUGAAUCACCUCCUCCCCCUUAAAUCGUAUACAUCAACAAUAUGCAUAACAAAUUCGAUAUCAAACCAUAAUUUGAUGAUCGAUAGAUCAAAAAAUUGAUGUAUGGAGAUUCCAAAAACUCAGACAGAGGUCGAUACUUUGGUAAAGGUCCUUCUCCUUAAUAAUUAGUUUACUCCUCUCAAACUAGUGGUGGUCUUUCUUAUAGGCAAUAUCCUGGGUAAGUCAUUCAUCAUUAAACGGAUAAAUAGAAAUAGAAUACUUCACCUAAGAAAUUGCCUGCCUAUCUAUAGAAUGUGGAAUCUAAAAUCAAACCGCUGGUUGAUUAAGAUAAGCUCUAAUAUAGGGAGACCUAAAGAGAUCGGGAAAGUAAUAAAUAACAAUAGGGCACUGUAAAAAAAUUUAAUAAUAAUUCCUUACAAUAGUAGAAUAGCGCUGAAACGGACACCUUCUUUGAUAUCCAGUAAUAUAUUUAGGAUUAGAAAAAAUGUUAGUUUUCUCCAGUGUAGGAAAUUAAUGACGAUGAGAGAAAUGAAGAUAUCGAAGCCAGUGAUACUUUCUCUAAUUUCAGUCCACCGAAUGAGGAAGUAAAGGAAUUCUUUCAGCAAGAAUAUCUUUAAUAGCGUAGAUGA